UUACUUCUCCUUAAUUCUCUUAUUCCUUCUUUGUAUACGUUCGUGAUUUCAGUAUCUCCAAUGUUAAUCGACCAUGACUAACAUUCCAAGGUCGCUUAGAUAUUCUUCUCGUACCCUUUACAGGGGAAAUCUGAGAUGGGUAGCGGCGGCGGAGAGAAGGGUUCGUCAAGGAACUGUCAUCUGCAUCUGCCACACAAGAAACAACAACAAGAAGAAGUGAUCCGAGAUGUCCCGAAGGGGUGUUUGGCAAUCAAGGUGGGACAGGGAGAGGAGCAGCAGAGGUUUGUGGUGCCUGUGAUUUACUUCAAUCACCCGCUGUUCAUGCAGUUAUUGAAGGAGGCAGAGGAGGAAUACGGGUUCGAUCAGAAAGGGACGAUCACAAUUCCUUGCCAUGUUGAGGAAUUUAGGUAUGUUCGUGGGAUGAUUGACAGGGAAAAGUCUCUUCAUCAUCAGCAUCAUAUUGGGUGUUUUAGGGUUUAAAAGGCCUAACCUCCCUCCCUUGAAAGAAUAGCGAAUUUUAAUGAAUGCUUUCUGGGUUUUGUAAAUCUUUAGGUUUCUGGUUGUGGGUGAGUGAUGAUGAUGAAGAAGAUGGUGCAAUCAUAAGUACAAAUGUUUUAGAGAUUUUGUUAACUUUGUUUAAUGAGAAAGCCAAAGUAGCAUGCUUUUCAUA